UUCGUAGCUGUGCUCAUUGACCUGUUGUAAAUCCUUGAAAGUCCAAUUUGGUUCUUCCUCUCUCAAAAAAAAAAAAAAAAUGGCAGGAGGUUCGGUGACACCGACGCCGGUGUUGAAGGAUGAGCUCGACAUCGUCAUUCCCACCAUAAGAAACCUCGAUUUCUUGGAGAUGUGGAGGCCAUUCUUCGAACAAUACCAUCUGAUCAUCGUCCAAGACGGCGAUCCAACGAAGGUCAUCAAGGUCCCCGAGGGAUUCGAUUACGAGCUCUACAAUCGGAAUGACAUCAACCGGAUUCUGGGUCCCAAGUCCUCUUGCAUUUCAUUCAAGGACUCUGCUUGUCGAUGCUUCGGUUACAUGGUGUCCAAGAAGAAGUAUAUCUUUACCAUCGACGACGAUUGCUUUGUUGCUAAAGACCCAUCUGGCAAAGAGAUCAAUGCACUUGAGCAGCACAUAAAGAACCUCUUAAGUCCAUCUGCUCCAUUUUUCUUCAACACUCUUUAUGAUCCAUACAGAGAUGGUGCUGACUUUGUCCGUGGAUACCCUUUCAGUCUCCGUGAGGGUGCACCCACAGCUGUUUCUCAUGGCCUGUGGCUCAACAUCCCUGAUUAUGAUGCUCCAACCCAGCUUGUUAAGCCUCGUGAGAGAAACACGAGAUAUGUAGAUGCAGUUAUGACAAUACCUAAGGGUACCCUGUUCCCCAUGUGUGGUAUGAAUUUGGCAUUCAAUCGCGAACUGAUCGGACCUGCAAUGUACUUUGGACUCAUGGGUGAUGGUCAGCCAAUUGGACGCUACGAUGACAUGUGGGCUGGCUGGUGCACCAAGGUGAUAUGUGACCAUUUGGGAUUGGGAAUCAAGACUGGUCUGCCCUACAUAUGGCACAGCAAAGCCAGCAACCCUUUUGUUAACCUCAAAAAGGAGUACAAAGGUAUCUACUGGCAAGAAGAGCUGAUCCCAUUCUUUCAAUCGGCAACUCUUUCCAAGGAAUGCACUACGGUUCAAAAAUGCUACCUUGAACUCUCUAACCAAGUCAGGGCUAAACUUGCCAAGGUCGAUCCCUACUUCGUGAAGUUAGCAGAUGCCAUGGUCACUUGGAUCGAAGCGUGGGAUGAGCUCAAUCCUUCUGGUUGAAAAACUCUGCAUGGCAAUCUAGCGGCAUUGCAAUAGUAGACUCUUGCCUAGCAAUUACUUUCCUUCCAUUUUAUGAUGUUUUAACAUUUCAAAUCAGCAAUUUUCAAAUGUUAUAGUCUUAAUUUAUCACCCCGAGGAUUUAUUAAUGUUUUACUAGAGAAAGGAAAGAUUUGGAGGAAUUUGAGAGCAUACUCGUUAUGCGUAUCAGCGAAUGCAAUCUUUUCCACUCUUA